AUGGAGACCGAUUUGAAGGACUUUCUGAAGGGCAACGGCGAGGGAGACCACGAGACCCGCCACGCAGAGGAGAUGUCGCGCACAAACGUCAAGGCGGAGGAGAUGAUGAACAUGGACCUUAGCCUGGACCUGUCGCUCGGCGGCCGGUUCGGGCUACAGAGGAAGAGCGGCGCGAGGCUCGGGUCGUCGUCGUCGGCCGCGUCCGUCCUGGCGCUGGCGCCAACCAACGCGGGCACGGCUGACUACCUGAACCUUCUGCAGGGGAGCGGGAGCCAGUCCCAUGAAGGGGACACCCUCACGAAGUCAAUCUCACUCCCUGCUCGAGUUUCCAAUGCGUGGAGAAAGACAAAGGCAGCCCAGAUGCGGCAGAGGCUCAGGGAGAUCAAGAAGAAGAACUCGUCCAGUGUCUCCAAAGGGGCAGCUGGAGAGAUACCAGGGAGUAGCAAGAGCAUGGAGACCAUGCUUACGGAGGAUGAGAUGCCGGGUGUGUCCACCACGGGGCUCCCCUGGAAUGUCGAAGGCUUCCUAUACAAUUACAUGACAGGCCCCGUGGUGAUCGUCUGCGUGUGCCAUGGUUCGUUCAUGAGUCCGGAGGAAUUUAUGAAGCAUGCUGGAGCUGUCAACGUCCAGAACCCAACGCAGCACAUCGUGAUGAAAAACAUAGUCUAG